UAACUGCCGGUCCUGUUGGUAUCGGAGGUGAAGUUUCUGGUAGUGUUUAUGAUGCCGCUUCCCUCUUUUCUUAUAGCAAAUCUAAAGGUCUAUUCGUUGGUGUAUCGCUUGAAGGUACUAUCAUCUUUGAGCGUAAGGACGCGAAUAAGACAUUUUAUGGCGAAGAUAUUUCUGCUGAAAAUCUCUUGUGUGGAAAAGCUGGAAUGCCUCAUCCACAUGCCACUCACAUAUUGUAUGAAGCUAUUAGAAAGGCUGAAGAAAGACAACCAAAAAAUUAA